AUGUAUCUGAUGACUGAUAUGGUGAUUUGUUUUGUGAUAGUCCAGUCUGUGAACAUCAUGACAGGCAUCAUGUUACUGAGUCUCCUCUUUAUUCCAAACUCUUUAGCUGCUUGUCCUCCAACAACUUACCUGUUCAUCACUGCACCAACAGAGAUGGAAGCUCUGAGUGGAUCUUGUUUACAAAUCCCAUGUAACUUUAGUGAUGCUGGACCAGUAAAGUUUGACAGCACAAGACCUGUGUUUGGAGCGUGGAUUAAAAAUAAUUCUGAUAUUUUUGCACAUCCAAACAAUGAGAUCUUAAACAGCAGUGGGACAGUUAACAUCUAUCCAAUGAAUAUUACAGGAAACCUGAAGGAGAAAAACUGCACCACUCUGUUUUCCAAUUUAACCACAAAUUAUACAAACACAUACUACUUCAGAAUUAUGAACUGGCCGUUCCGAGCAACAGCUUCUUGUGAUCCUCUUAAAAUAACAAUUAAAGAUUCUCCUUGGAGGCCCAAUAUUACAAUCCCAGGUGAUCUGAAGGAGAAGGAGUCUGUCACUAUAACCUGCUCAGCUCUCACUCCCUGUCCACACUCCCCUCCUCAACUCACCUGGAAUCUCCAACGAGACUCGCACAACAAAAUAGAGCAAAACACAGAUGGAAGCUUUACAACUAAAAUCCAGCAGAACAUCACUCUGUCAGACACAUAUGAUGGAAAAAAGAUCAGCUGCUCUGCCAGAUAUCCUGUGAACCAAGGAAACGACACCAAGACAGCAGAGACAGACGAGACUCUCAGUGUUUCAUAUGCUCCUAAAGACACCUCAGCAUCCAUCAGUCCAUCAGGUUUGGUGUCAGCAGGCAGCUGGGUGAAGCUGACCUGCUCCAGCAGAGCCAAACCUCCAGUCAGCAGCUUCACCUGGUUCAAGAAGAGCAGAGAUGGAGCUGUGAAAGUAUCUGAAGGAGAGAUUUACAGCUUCAAUGUAACAGAUGGAGAAGUUUAUUACUGUGUGGCCACUAAUGAUCUGGGUAAUCAGACAUCAGUAGAGAUUCAUGUGACUGUUGGAGGUCAUGUUUCAUCCCAGUGUCCACGUAUAGGAGGAAUCAUUGGAAUCAUUGUACUCUUAAUCUUACUCUGUUUGAUUGUCUUUGCUUGGUGGUUGAAGUCAAAGCAUCAAACUCAACAACAGACUCGGAUUCAAAUAACUGAACAUCAGGUUGAUGAAGAGCCAGCAAGUAAAACAGAAGGAGAGGAAGAAAACAUCCAUUAUGGAGAGAUCAAUUUCUCUACGCUGGGAUACGAAGUGCCCUCUGACUCAGUGCGGGACAGAGGUGAGCAGCAGGAUACGGUGUACGCACAGGUGAAAGUCAACAAGCCAGAAAACAGCUCAACACAGAGUGCUCAUGGCCAAGAGGAACUUUUUCCUGAAGAAAAAUUGAGAACUGUAGUGGAAUAA